AUGGAUAAAGAGUCCUAUGAUUAUUUGGUAAAAGUUGUAUUAGCAGGACCUUCAGGAACUGGCAAGUCCUGUCUGUUGGAACGAUUUGUCAAAGGACGAUGGAAUGAUGAAAUUCAACAUACAGUAGGAAUUGAUUUUGCUAGUAGGAUUGUGAUUGUUGGUAUGGGAAACCAGCAAAAAAGGAUCAAACUUCAACUAUGGGAUACUGCUGGACAAGAAAAGUUUCGAAGUGUAGCACGAAAUUAUUAUCGGGGAGCAGCGGCAGCAGUACUCGUGUAUGACAUUACAAAUAAAGAAUCGUUUUGUGAACUGUCUUCUUGGGUGUCAGAUAUUCGUGCUAUGGCUUCAUCUUCUCUAUGCGUCGUUCUGGCUGGAAGUAAGUUUGAUUUACAAGGACAACGGGAAGUAAGUACAGAAGAAGCGGCAGAAUUUUGUUCUGCGAAGCAAAUCGCUAGCGCACAUGAAACGAGUGCAUACUCUGGUACUCAGGUAGAUGACUGUUUCUUGUCAGUGGUAUCUACCAUAUUGACACGAAUUGAACUUGGAGAAAUCGAUCCCCAAGAUCAAUCUUUAGGAAUACAAUACGGAGAUUUAAGCACUUCUCAGCCGUCACAUAAUACGAGCGUUACAAACUGGUGGGCUUCUAUAACAAAUUGGGAUGAUUUAGUUCGAUUGGAAAGGCAAACUCGCUCUCGAUGUUGUUUAUGA